AUGCGUUUCUUGAAUUCUCCACAGGCUGCUGGAGAUGAAGCAAGUUUAAAGGGAAUGUUAUCGGCUAUAACGUUCAUUAUUGAGCAGUCCGUUAAGAAUGAAUGUUCGGCAAAUGAUCUUCAGAUUGAAAUGCAGCAUCUUGGUUUACCUCAUGAGCAUUGCAAGCAGCUUGCGAAACUUUAUUUGGCAAAUUACGAAAAACUUAGAUCUGUGUCAGUAAAAGAUUUCAUACGUGAUCCCGCAAUUUCAAUUGUAUCUUUAACACCACAAGAGGAUAACAAAAAUGUAUCGUUUUAA